AUGGUUAAGGCAGCGCAGGCUGCCAGGUUGGCCAAGGAAGAGGACAAGUCUUUUAUGGAUUUGGUCCGAGAAUACUUUCGCUACUAUUGUGAACGAUCAACCAUACAUUGUGUGCGCUAUCUCUACGAUCCCAGGCUACAUAAUGUGGAGAGUGUUUUGCAUCUGACAACUCAAAAGUUAAUCUCUUCCAAUGAAUACCUCUUUCUUUUGUGAUAUAGACUCAUUUGGAGCGUGUUACUCAUCGUCAGCGUUACACUUUGCUGUUCCUUUUAUUUGCUACUCUCGGAGCGUUUUGGUGCCCAGAAAUUGCAAACGGUUAUUGAGAAUCCACAGUAUCCUGUCUUCUAUGUACACUUUCCGGCUGUGGGGGUCUGCACUGACAAUCGCAUCAAUUGGAGCAAGGUGGACGCAGCCAAGGCACAAUUUCUGCCCGCAAAUUCUAGUGAAGAGCUUGUCGAAGGAUUUACCAAACUGAUUGCAUACCUGGAAACGCUGCGAUUCGACAACUUCAAGUAUAGUGUUUCAGAAUUGGAAGAUCAAAAUCUGGAGGCUCUAGAUUUCAUCAAUCUCAGUUCCUUGGUGCACUUCCUGACGCUGGGCUGUGAAGAUAUUUUGGUGUCGGGUUCCUGUAUGUGGCGGCAAACGGUUUUCAAUUGCUGCGACUAUUUUGUGCUGGAGAAGACAGAGUAUGGAUUAUGUUUGGUAUUCAAUUCGGAGCUAUCGGAUCAAUCGCAUGAGAUUAGGAAACGCGAAGGUGACGCCUACUAUCCAAAGCACAAUGCCAAGGCCGGUCAAAAUUCGGGUCUCAAUUUCAACUUACUGUUAAAUGACAGUUUCAAGCGACCAAAUUCGUUGGCCACGGAUAAUGUCUAUCUCAUGGUGAAGAAACCCAAUCAGAUAAAUAAUGAUGCCCACUCCAUAACACCAAACACGGAGACCCACGUUACAGUGCAACCUCUGCAGACACGUACCGAUAACACUACUCGCGACAUUCCGCCAGCCCGCCGCAAUUGUCAUUUUGUGGACGAGUCCGUAGACUUUGGCAUCAGCGAUGCACCGGGACGCUUGACCAAGAGUUUUCUACUAUUCAACUGCCUAACCAACUGUCACGAGUCCUAUUUGGUCAAAUUGUGCAAUUGCACGCUGCCCAUUUUCUUUCCGAAAACCCGACAAGUAAAGAACUGCACUGCGUCGAGUCUGCGUUGCCUUUCACGUCACAAUGAUAUUUUCAGAUAUAAUAAGCAUUUGGAGGAGGAUGAUUACUAUAGUGUCACAAAACAGGGCAUGACUUGUCCUUGCAUGGUCAGUUGUAAUCUGCUGGAAUACUAUACGUCCACCACAACGCUGCCAUUGUCUGCUAAAAAUUUGCCUGCUUCUCCAACGCUGAAGUUUUUCAAAGUCGAUGUGCACUACGCUGUGGAAAUGAUGAUAACCUAUCGCACUAGCCUCGAGUUUAGCAGCAUUGAUUUGAUAGCUAAUCUUGGCGGCAUAUUUGGACUCUGCCUGGGCGCCUCAAUGGUCAGUGGUGUUGAGCUGAUUUACUUUCUGACUGUGGGCUUCCUACUACACCUUUAUGACAACAAAUACAACGUUGUCUUUUGCAAGAAUCUCAAGCGGAUGUGGGUCAAGUGUCUGCGUUAUUUACAGAACGAAGUCAGUCACGUCCAUCACGAGUCGGGAAUUGUGAAGGCAACGCCCAAAAGCAAACUGCGACAUCCGUUUAAUAAAAGGACGAACGCCUGGUGAAUAUUUUAAUACAAAUAUAUACAUAUGUAUACGUGAU